AUGAGAUAACGAAGUGGUUAGAUAAUGUCACCCGCUCGUGUAAUAUAAAACUUUUAGAUGAGUACCAAGAAUCAAACUAGCAAAAAUGCAUCACAAUCUCCCUUAAAAUUCAUUCAAAGAAAUCUGUCGCAAAUUAUAUUGAAGGAUUUGGUGAAACAAGAUUCUGCUCGUAAGGUUAAUCAUGGCAGCUUAACAGAGAGAGUGCAUAGUUAGCAGCGAUCAAAUUCUAGAGAUAAACCUAAACCAUAAGUAAAAACUUCGAAAGUUCCAACUGAAACAAAUUUCCCAUUUCAAUAAAUAUCAAAGGGAAUCAACUUAAUUCUAAACUAAAAAUUGACGAACAAAAAUAAACUCAUCUUAGAAAAAGGUUCAAUGACUCGCAGAAGCAGUGUCGAAGAUCUUCUAACCAGUUCUAUUUAAGCAGGAGGGAAAUCUUCAUCCAUUGAUAAAAUGCCUAAAUAAGAAAUUUCUGUCUACGUUCACUACUCCUCAGAAGUUACCCAAAAUCACAGAUUUAAUCCCAAUGUAACUACGGAUAAAAUGCUGAGUGUAUUAAAAAGUAAAUCAGGCAGUUACCAAGUAAUUGGAUUUGCAACAUUGGAUGAAAAUAUUGGGCUUGAUUAUUAUCUCACAAUUCCCUCUCUCCCAAUGAUCCACAUGAUUGGAAAAACCAUAAGGUUGAAACCCAUUAUUGGUAUAUCUCCACCAAAACUAUUGAAUUUAAGUUGCUUUUAGUUUUUACAUGUAAUAGGCAGAGGUGGAUUCUCAACAGUUAUUUUAUCUCGAUCAUUAAUUGAUGGUAAUUUCGUCGCCUUAAAGUUUAUCAGCAAAAGCUUUGUCAUCCAAAAUGAGAAGCAGGACUUAGUUUAGAAUGAAAGAGAUAUACUUAUAGAAACUACAAACAAAGGUUCGUUAUUCACAUCAAAGAUAUAAUUUGUAUUUGAAACCAAAAAUUGGAUAAUCUUUGGCAUUGACUAUUGUCCUGGUGGAGAAAUUCACAAAGCCAGAUUUUACAUCACAGAAGUCUGUUUAGCCCUUGGGUUUCUACACCACUAACAAAUGAUCUAUCGUGAUUUAAAACCGGAAAAUGUGUUAAUUGAUAUAACAGGACAUAUUUAAUUGGCUGAUUUUGGUUUGGCAAGACCCAACAUGCAACCAGAAUAAAAUGCAUAUUCAUUUUGUGGUUCUCCCGAGUACAUGGCGCCUGAGAUGUUCCAUAAUGAUGGACAUAAUUAUUUAGUUGAUUAUUAUUGUUUAGGAGCAUUAUUAUAUGAAUUUGUUACGGGACUCCCCCCCUUUUAUUGUGAAGAUAAAAACAUCAUUUACACCAGAUUGUUGAAUGAAUAGGUGACAUUCCCCAAAAAGUUAAGUCCAGAAGUCAAAGACCUAAUUCGGUUAUUGAUGAUUAAGGAUCCAAGUAAGAGAUUGGGAUCGAAGAAUGGAAUUGAUGAUAUACUGGCACAUCCUUGGUUCUAAGACAUUGACAUUACCAAGUACAUUCAAAAAAAAAUAGAUCCUCCUUACAUUCCUGAUAUAACCAAAUUAUCAUUUAAAUAGCCUACAACAAACGAUAGAAUAUUAUUUGAAUAAUUAAACAGGGAGCAGAAAUUGAUUACUUAAUUUACGCCCAUGUUUGAAAGUGCCUUUUUCUAUCAAUAGAAAAGAUACAAAGUAUAUGAAUUUGAUAAAAACUCAUCUACCUAAGUUACCAAAGACACAAUCGAUUCUUUAGUAAGAAAGAGAACUAAAAAUUCUCAGAAUAGUUAACAAUCACUAUUAUCCCAAUAAUCAUAAUCAUAACUAUCAUCAGUGAUAUGUUCAAAUGAUACACUCAAAAAUACAAAAAGUGUUACCAACCUAAAAUUUUAUUAAAGUUUAUUGACUGAACCAUCUAAAAAAUGA